AUGGAGGGUGAAACAGAAUCAUCCAAAGGGAAAAAUAUAGAGUGUGAUAUGCAGAAGAAGAACCCAGUCUACCAUCUAGGAUCAAGUGAUGGUCCAGGUAUCAUCAUCACGCCGAUUUUUCUAAAGGGGACUAACUAUGAAGAAUGGGCUAGAGCCAUAAGAAGAUCAUUGAUAGCUAAAAGAAAGUUUGGUUUUAUUGAUGGAACAAUCACGAAACCUGAAGAUAGUGACCAGUUGGAAGAGUGGAUUGUUGUCCAGUCGAUGCUUGUUUCAUGGAUUAGCAACACGUUAGACUCAUCAAUUAGAUCGAGCUUGGGAGACUAUGAUGAUGCAAACUUGCUGUGGACACAGUUGAAGAGAAGGUACUGUGUUGUGAGCGGAACAAGAAUCUGUCAGUUGAAAACUUCGUUAAGUGAGUGCAAACAAAAGAAAGCGGAAGGUGUAGCUGAGUACUUUGGGAGACUCAACAAGAUAUGGGAUGAGAUGAUGACAUACAUGAAGAUACCUCAGUGCAAGUGUGGUAAUUGCACUUGUAAUAUCGCAUCACAAGUGAGUACGUUGAGAGAAGAAGACUUUUUGCACUAUUUUUUGAUUGGAUUAGACUCUGUGUAUAGUUCCAUGCGAGAACAGCUGUUGGCUAGAGACCCGUUUACAUCAACAGAUGUAGCAUACCAGACAAUGGUCAACUCGGAGCGUCUGCGUAUAGGAGAAGUAGCUAUAUCUACGGAGGUACAUGACAAUGUGAUGGCAUUCAGAGUGCAAUCUGAUCAACGUCAGUUUAACAAUACAUAUGAUCCUAACAAGCAUUGCAAGUACUGUAACAGAGAUGGACACUCAGAGGAUGGGUGUUUUCAACGUAUUGGAUAUCCAGAAUGGUGGGGAGACAGACCUAGAGGUGGAAGAGGAUCUGGUAGAGGAGGCAGAACCAAUGGCAGAGGGCGUGGUGGCACUAACUUUACCAGUGGUAGAGGAGGUAGAGGACAAGGUGCAGGCAACCAGGUUCGAGCACACAACCUCAACAUAUCAGAUGCAAGGCAGUCAGGUGGAGCAUCCUCAUCAGAAGCGUCAGGUCUGACUGGAGUCACAGCAACACAGCUUCAACAGGUGCUUGAGUUUUUAAACUCCAAGAAAUCCACGCCUCAACUCCAAGGUAAGAAGAAUAAAACUGUGUGGAUUGUAGACACGGGGGCAACAAAUCAUGUUACAUAUAAAAAGGAUGACAUGAUAGAGAUAAAAGAUAUAAAGGCAUGCAAUAUUGGACUUCCAGAUGGGAAGUCUGCAUUGUCUAAGAAGAUAGGAACUGUUAUUCUACCUGGGGGAUUGAGACUAGAGAAUGUGUUUUAUGUGCCUCAGAUAACUUGUAACUUAAUCUAG